GGAAGAAAGAAAAGAACCUUCCUAAUGGCAGACCUUAAACCCUACUAUGCAGUGUAAAAAUUCCGAAUUUGCCCCUUCUUAGCUGCCGGAAUUUCGCCGGAAACUGCAAGGAGUCACCAGAAAUGGCGUCAAUAGUAUCGGAAACCGUUCCGAAGUUCACCGCGGAGGCCCUCAAAUCCGCAGCUAAACAAUCUGAACGUUGCCAUAUUGUUCCUAUCCGUCUUCGUAGAGCUAUCAAAAAGUAUCUCCGAGAGCAAGAGGAGCCACAUAUGAAGAGAAAAGUGUUGAGGUUAUCAGAAUCUUUCAGCCAAAUAAAGGAAGUGAAUUUGAUGCUUCCAACCUCCACAUCCAAGGAGCUUUUUGAAGAUCCUCUCAAGUCUGUUGAUUGUUCACAGCGAUGGAAAAUCAAAAGUGCCUAUGGUGACAUUGGCCUCAAGUAUAGGGAUGAUGAAACACUAGCCUAUGUGGCGUCCCGUAUGCCUGCUGUCUACUCUGCUCUUUAUAGAGUUCUUAGUGAGGUACACAGAAGAUUGCCUGGUUUUUCACCUGCUAAGGUGUUGGAUUUUGGGGCAGGGACUGGUUCUGCAUUUUGGGCAGUUAGAGAAGUGUGGCCACGGUCAUUGAGUAGAAUUAAUUUGGUAGAGCCAUCACAGUCCAUGCAGCGGGCCGGACAGAGCCUUAUAAAAGGUCUUAAAAAUUUGCCACUCAUUCAAAGUUAUGGAAGUAUUCAAGCACUCUCUCAGGAUGUCAAAAAGAGUGACAGACAACAUGAUCUUGUGAUUGCUUCGUAUGUACUUGGAGAAAUUCCAUCUCUGAAGGACAGAAUCACGGUUGUACGCCAGCUUUGGGAACAGACAGGAGAUGUUCUGGUCUUGGUAGAACCAGGAACACCACAAGGAUCUAAUAUUAUAUCUCAAAUGCGAUCUCACAUUUUAUGGAUGGAGAAAAGGAGAAGCCGCAAACUAGAAGGUGUAUCUGGCAAAGAUUCUAAAGCAUUGACGACACUAAAGAACGGGGUAUAUAUAGUUGCUCCGUGUCCACAUGACGGACGUUGUCCUUUGGAUAACACUGGAAAAUAUUGUCAUUUUGUUCAACGCUUGCAAAGGACAACAUCGCAGCGUGCCUACAAGAGGUCGAAAGGAGAGCCUCUACGUGGCUUUGAAGAUGAAAAGUUUUGCUUCAUCGCUUUUAGACGAGGAGAACGGCCAAGGCAACCUUGGCCAUUGGAUAGUAUGAAGUUUGAGACAUUGAAGGAGCAGCAUGCCAGAAGAAAUCCAGAGGAUUUAGAGAUUGACUAUGAGGACCAAUUCAUCUCAGAAGAUGAGGAUAUUCAGGAUGAAGUAGAUCAUGCCACGUAUGAUUCCGAUGCUACAGAAACAGAUGCCGUUACUGAAAAUGAUGAUUGGGAGGAAGAAGGUGAAGAAAAGUCCCAUGCCGAUCUUGGUGGUGGUUGGGGAAGAAUCAUAUACAGUCCUCUACGAAGGGGUAAGCGGAUUGAAAUGGACGUUUGUCGAUCAAUGAAUCAAGAAGGCAGUGAAGGGUCAUUUGAACGGAUUGUUAUUACAAAGAGCAAAAACCCAACAUUGCAUCAUCAGGCACGAAGAUCGCUUUGGGGUGACUUAUGGCCCUUCUAAAUUUUGUUAGAAAAAUGGCACUAAAGGUUUUUGGUCCAUCAGUAAGGGCCUUACUAGUAAGACCAGUGUGUGAUGUGUGAGUUAGGCACUCACCGUGAGUUCAAAUCUCGCAACAAACAAAAGCCUGGUAUUCAAGUGGAGGGGCACGUCUAUUAUCCAUCGAGUCUCAAACUAUGCUUCACUUUCCCUCAGUUAUCAAAGAAGUUAUUUUUGUUAGAAAAAUCUUAGAAGUAUAGUUUCUUGUGUCCCUAUGGUAAUGUAAUAAAUGUAUUUUCAUGUGUACCCAUUUUCUGAAAAAGAAGAAAAGUGAAGUCAGAUGGUUAUUCUGGUAA